AUGCUCGGACACCCUCAGUACGAAAAAUGGUUCAAGGCCAAUCUGCGAUGCAGCCAAGCUACGUUCAGUCGGCUCAUCGAUUGGAUACGUCACGAACUACCUGAACGCUACCGUCGGCUUUCCCAUCACUCGUUCAAAACGAAGGUGGUUGUUGUGUUGUACUUUCUCGGCUCCGACGGAGGUUACCGUGAAACGGCCGCUGCGUUUGGAAUGUCCAAGUCGUGGUGCGUCAAUGUUAUCAGCGUGUUGGUGGGAGUCCUGUCGUCAAGCGCAGCAACGUGGAUCAAUCUACCAAGAAACUCCGCGGAGUGGAACGACGUUGAGCAGGUAUUUUUUGCCAGACAAAAAAUACCUGGUGUGGUUGACGCUGUCGACGGCACCCUCAUCGAAAUACAACGCCCCAAGGACUACGACGGGUUUUACAAUCGCAACGGUGACCUAUCCCUCAACAUCCAGGCAGUGGUUCACGCCAAGACGCGUUUUAUGUCGGUCGACAUUCGCCCAGGCUCGUACUCUGACAAAAAAAUCUCGAAAACAUCAUCGUUCGGCUAUUCCAUUAGUUGGAAAAUACCCAAGGGUUGUUUUCUCCUUGGUGACGCCGGUUACACCUUGAUGCCAUGGCUUAUCACACCAUUCAUGGCUCACGAGGAGCACGGUAAUUUAUCUAAAUUACAAAAGAAUUUCAAUUACAAGGAUUCCAGCACUCGAAUGUCGGUUGAAUGUGCAUUUGGACGACUCAAGGAAAGAUUUCGAAUUUUGAAGACGGUGAUGAACGAAAAGUCGCUCGAUCAAACCACAACCGUUGUGACUGCGUGCUUUGUGCUCCAUAACAUGUUCUUGUAUUACAACGAUGGUUUGUUUGCCAUUCCAAAUCGCCGUCGCGACCGCAACGAUCAAGUUCAGCCGUUUGAUAAGUCGGAGUCGGAAACAAACCCAUUCCUCCGCAAGACAGCUUGA